AUGAAUAUUCAUUUGAAAAAUAAUCAUACACAUAACCCUCCAGUAACAUUGAUCGCCACUGAUCAAGAUUCAAAUAAAUCAAGUAACAGUUCAAAAUUAUCUACAUAUUGUACACAAAAUAAAAACAGAAAUGAUCUUAAUUUUAAUAAAAUCAAUCUAUUACGUUGUAAUGAAUGUCAGUCAAUUAUAUUUGAUCAAUAUUAUCAUAGUAUAGAUGAUCUUACAUGGCAUCAAAAUUGUUUAAGAUGUUUUGAUUGUGGAUUUGUGCUCACAGAACGAUGUUAUACAAAGGAUGGUCAUUUAUACUGUCGAGAAGAUUUUAUCAAAAAUUUCGGUCCAAAAUGUUCAGCUUGUCACAAACUUAUUCGGAAUGGUGAACUUGUUCGAUUUGCUCGUCAUUAUGUAUAUCAUAUUAACUGUUUUCAAUGUACAAUUUGUAAGAAACAAUUCACUACAGGUGAUCAGUACUAUCUUUUAUAUAGUGACAAGUUUUUAAUAUGUCGUGAACACUAUUAUGAAAGUGGUAGUUCAUUGAUACCACAAAUAUCAACAACAAGAACUUCAACAGAAAUGGAUUUAUUAUCAAUUCUUACAAAUUCUAAUUCGUCCAUCAAAGAUGUUAUGAAAACAGAAAGAAUAUCAGAAUCCCCUAGUACAUUGUCUAAUUCUGUCAACUGUGAGUUAUUAGUUAAUAAUGGGAAUUGUAUACAAAACAUUUAUGACUGUGAAACAAAUACAAAUAUGAAAAAUCAGUUAGAACAGUUGAAAGUUUUCAGUCAAGAUGAUAUUUCAGAUUCACUAAAUCAGCUGAAUUCAUCUAUAUCCGAGGCAUCUAUGUUUUCAUCCACUCAAUCUUCGUCUUCAAUACCAUCACUACUGGUACUAUGUUCCACUCCGUCUUCCACUUCAACAGCAGCAACAACAACUCCGCCAGUAACUGCAGUGAAUAUUGUUUCCAGUUCAAUAAUGAAUACAAUAACCGCUUUCACCUCUCCUUCCAAAACACAAAUCAAUGAUACCAAUAAACUAAUUAAACCAAUCACUGAUAUUGGAACUUCUAUCCCAAAUAAUAAUCUCAUAAAUUCUGAAUUCAAUACUCAACAAAUCUUAACAGAAAAUUCUUUACCUGAUAAAUAUUAUUCAACCAUAGCCAAAUCACAACCAACACUUGAAAUUAAAUUACAACAAAACUCUAAUCAAUCAGAUAAUGAAUAUUCAACAAAUUUACUAUAUCAAUCCCAAACAAAAUCAGAUUAUUUAUUUCCAUCAGAAAUGAUAGAUAUAAUGACUAGUCGUACUAUUGCAUCAUCAUCAUCAUUAUCCUCCUCCUCCUCAACAGUAUCAUAUUUACCCAAUUCUAUAACUGAUCAUUCACAAUCAAUAAUUAAUACAUCAAUCAAUAAUACCAUACUAAAUACAACACCAUUCCUUUCAGAUCAAUCAAUCAAUGCAAAUAUACCAUUAUUUCAAUGUAAUCAACCAUUUCUUAAAAAAUCAGAACAAUUAACACGACAUACUACAAAUUUAGGGGCUAAAAUUGAUAUGGAUAAAUAUCUUGAUGAGAAUAAUUUAAAUUGUCUAAGAAAAUUAUAUGAAACUCAUGAUAAUUAUGAAAAUCAUAUAACAAAAGAAAUGAUACAUAGUAACAGUAAUACUAAUACUACUAAUACUACUACAAAUGUUAAUAAUAGUAGUAUAAAUAGUAACUAUCAUAAUUUAUCAUGGAUUAAUAAAGAAGUAAAUGAAAAUAAUGAAUUAUUCAUAAAUGAGAAUUCAUUUUCAACUUUAUAUAAUCAUAAUACAUUUUGUCUAUCCACUAUUAAUGAACGAAUAUCAAAUAAAGAAAAUCAACUUAUAAAUCAGUCAAAAAAUAAAGUUUAUGUAACAAGAAAUGAGAAACUUCCAUUAACAGUUGAUACGAAUCAUCAUUGUAUUGAUAAUACUACUACUACUACUAAUAAUAAUAAUAAUUUGGCAAUGUUAAGUAGAAGUAAAAUGAUUAUCAAUGAUAGAUUUGCACAAAAUGUCAAUUUGUUGAUUCAUAAUAAUAAUGAAGUUAAUGAUGAUAAUAGGGAACUGGUUAACCAUAUAAGUGAAGACGAUGAUGAAGGUGAUGAUAAUGAUGAUAAAGAUGAUGAAACUAUAAAUAAUAGUAGAGAACAAUGUGAAAAUAAUAACAAUAAUAACGGAAGACAUCAUUCUAAGCAGUUAGAUGAGUUUAAAAACACAAUGUUACAUAGUGAUCAUGAAAAUGAUUACAAUGAUAUUAAUUCUUCAUCUUCACAAGAUAGAUUUAUCCAUUUAUUACAUCAAUCUCAUUCAUUUGAAUCACCAAUACAGACAAGCUGUUGUGAAAUGCCAACUAGUGAAGUAUCAUCACAAAGAAGUUUAGUUGAUGAUGAAGGAGAUGAUGUCGAAGUUGAUGAUGAUGAUGAUGACGAUAUUGAUGAUGAUGACGAAAGUAUGACUGGCCAAUGUGGAAUAAAUCAUCGUCAACAUCAUUUAACGAGUGGUAUUGAAAGUGGCUUAAGUUGUGGCGGUCCUGGUAAUAAUAUUGGAAUCGGCCUCAAUACAAAUAGCGGAAAUAAUAAUAAUAAUAAUGGUAGUGGUGCAAAACGUCGUGGUCCACGUACAACAAUUAAAGCAAAACAAUUAGAUACACUUAAAACAGCAUUUGCGGCAACUCCUAAACCAACAAGGCAUGUUAGAGAGUCAUUAGCACAAGAAACUGGACUUUCAAUGCGUGUUAUUCAGGUUUGGUUCCAGAAUCGUCGUAGUAAAGAACGACGUAUGAAACAGUUGAAUGCUCUUGGUACACGUCGAUCAUUCUACAGAAAUCCGAGGAGAUUACGUGGUAUAAGAUCAGGGAUAUUAUCCAAUGAGCUGAACUCAGGAGGUCCAGGUGAUAUAAUAACCAAUUCUGCUUACCAUGAAUAUCUAGUAGGACCUAGUCCCGAUAUUUACAAUGCCAUUGCUUCGGCUUCUGCAAUCGCAUCAGGUGUUCCUUUUAAUUUGCCUGGUGCAAUUCCUAAUCUGACAGUAAAUUACCCUCUCUCACAAGCACAUCCACUCCCUUCAAGCGAUUCGCUGAUCUCAGGUACAACAGCACACUUAUUGAACAAUGAUACAGGAUCUUUUCACAAUGAUAAUACAUCACAUUUCAAUCCUAAUCCAUCUCAUUUAACACAAAAUUUUCCAUCAAAUUCACUUAAUUGUCUUCCGUAUAAUCCAUCAAAUUUAUCUGGUUCAAGUGGAUUUCGUGAUGAAAUAAAAUCAGAUUUAUUAUAUACUCCAUCUUAUUUUCCUUCAUCAUCUUCAUCGUCAACAUCAUCAAUGUCUUCUCAACAAUUAAUAAAAUUUCCACUUUAUAAUAAUAAUAAUCAUAAUUGUUCACCAAAUGGAUCAAUAUUUUCUUUAUCUGAUCCUAGAGAUUAUCAUUUAUCUAAUUUUCUUGAAAGUAAUAAUAAUAAUAAUAUGAAAUCAUAUAAUUCAACAUGUCAACCUAAUUCAUUAACAAAUCGACCAGUUUAUAAUUCAACAGGAAUCAAUUUUAGAAAUGUACCUACACCAAUAUUUGAUGAAAUGACAUGUAGACCUAAUUUAGUAUAA